AAUAUAUCGAUACAAAUCGAACAGCUGUUUCGGCCGUAGCCAAUAUUUACUAUUUUAAUUUUAAUUUAAAAACGUUAAAAACGGAUUAACGGCAGAGAAAAUGCGCAAGUACCAACAACUUGUGUUGCUCCUGAUUUCCUGCCUAAGCGUCUGCAUCCUGCUGAUGUACAAGACGGAGAACAACCGCUUGAAAUAUGUGCUCAAGUAUGUGAACUUCUUUGGACGGAACGAUGCCGCAGUGCUGCGCCGCCUGGAGAAUGGGACCAAGGAGGAGGUUCCGCAGGCAUCUCUGUGGCGUCCCCUGCCCGUGUGGCAGAUGAUUGGCGACAACUUCCAUGCCUACUCCGCCUACUGGAUGCGGAAUGAGCUGGUGGCCGGCGGCGAAGCCCACGUUCUGGUGGUCGGGAAAAGAGGAGCUGUCGUGGACUUCCGAUGCAGUUUGGAGCUGCUCAGCGGCCGGAGUGUGCAGGGGAAGUUUCGCUUUCAGCGCGACUCAAUCGAGAGCAUGGUGGUGGACGACAAGUCCUCUAACUUUACCAACUACCAUUUCUUCUGCCAAGUGAGCCGGGAUUUCGGACAGCCGGGCGGCGUCUCAUUUACGGACAUCACGACAACCAAGAGCCCGGUGAAGCUGCGCCUGCGCAACCUAAAACCCGAAAUGAAGACCGAUUCCAUGGCAGCGCCGAGCGCUCCCGUUCGCCUGCCUGCCACAAUUUGCGUGGAUUUGGUGGGCUUCAAUAUGAGCUCCCGGUUCGCCCGGAACGAGAACGCCCUGCUGCAGUUCUUCCUGUUUCACCAGGCCAUAGGCAUAGAGCAGUUUUUAGUCUACAACUAUGAUGCCCUGCCCGACGAGGUGAUUCGUCUGUUAGACCGCACCAAUAUCCAUCUGUACGCGAUGCCAUUCAACUUUCCCUUCCGCCAAGGAAACGCGACGGCUGCCAGGGUGCGUCAGCUGCUCCAUACCGACUGCCUGUUGAGGAACGUGAACCACGCCACCUUCACAAUUCUGCUCCGACCGAAUGAGGUGUUCUUCCCCAACGCCCGCCUGACUUCCGCUCAGGCGAAGGGAUCACUGCAGCAGCAGUUGCGUCACUUCUCAACCGAAACAACCAGCUUCGAGCUGGCCACCAUGGCCGUGUGCUAUGACGAGCGCAAGAAGCUUCUGCCCGACAAUGUCCAGUACGAUCCGGAGCGAAGGGCCCCAUACAAAACACUGCUCAAACGGCUGGAGCUACCGCCUGCCCAGCUAUUGGCCAGCACCGCCGAGGUGGAGCUCUCACUCUCCACCGGAUUCGUGCACCGGUACGUGGACUGUGAGCAUGUGGGCAGCGACGGGCUGCACGACUGGCGCAACGGUGUGCGGCAGGACUUUAUGGAACACAUCAACGUACUGCGCAAUGAGGUGGACCUACUCAUCUGAGUAAUUAAAGCCUAACCAUUUUGUAGCCUUUAGUUUGAGAUUGU